GUUUUUGUUCCGGAAACAGUUAAUUUAGAUAAUUGAAAAUUCAAAUAAAUUUUGAAAUAAAGAUAAAUUUGAUAAAUUAUUUUUUUAUAAGUAUGUUUGUUUAGAAUUAGGUAUUCUUUUAGUCGUCAGCAAAUAAAUACAAAACACUGACAUCCCUUCUAACGUAUCAUUAGAAAAGAUAAGAUGAUGGAAGCUUAGUCAUUUCCAUAAAUAGCAUAUUUUUCCUUUUUUAUGAAACCAGUGGGAGUGAGACAAAACGAAAACAUUGCACAAGUGCCCAAGAAGGAAAUUUGUGAAGUUGGGUGUGACCAAAUAAUAAUAAUUUUAGUAAAAGAUGUGAGGAACAAAUGCUUCAAUAAUUUCGUUUAGAUAAACUUUGAUUCUUAAAUUCGUAAAUUAAUUUAAGUGAAAGUAGUUCCUGUUGAUUAUGAAGAAUUGAGUUAAAUUAGCUAUGCCAUCCCUUAGAAAAAGAGUUUCUAGCUACUUUAGGCAACUAAGUUUCCACAACGAACCUAGGGAUAGGAGACACAAUAUAAAUGAAAAUUCAUUUGUAACUAAAUAUUUGCAAGGGCACAUAACUUUAAAAGAGGGUCCGCCAAUAAUAUAUGGAAAGAAUCCCACAGAUCUUCCAAAUUAUGAAUUAGGGUCCUACACCAAUGGCUCUAAUACCAUCAUUGGUUGUUAUUCUGGUCCUAAUGGAGGUCUCACUACUGUUAAAAGAACAGAAAAACAUUUAUCAGUGUUAGAUGAUGACAUUGAUUUUAUAGAUACCCCCGAUGAAGAUGUUGUACCACUCACAUUACCAAAAAAAUCCCCAAUCAGAGUACACCCAGGACAACCCAUAGACAAUACAACUAUGGUAAUUAAAGUCGCGGGAAAUGAAUAUUGCGUUACUAACAAACCAAAGAGACACAGUAAGAGUCACAGUCUAGGUAGCAUAGCUGAUUUCAAUAUAGAAAUUGAAAAAACUAAAAUAGAUAAGUCUGUUUGCUCAAACAAUAAUAAUUGCGAUACUAUCCAAUGCAAACACAGUUUAACUUGUAACGUUAACGAGAUUAAAAAAUGUGAUGAAGGUAGAGAUAAGGUUAACACUAAUACUGAAACUUCUAGAAUUGAUAAAGAUAGGAAAGGAAGCGAUGUAAAUAAACCUCUAAUUAAGAAAACUGCAAGAAAUACGACUGGAAGUAAAAGAGAAAAUGCGAGACACCAUCAAAAAGAUGUAACUGACAGACAGAAUGAGAAUUACAGCCUGGCUAAAUCAAAGAGCGAGGGUAAUCCCUUUCACAAUAAGAGAAAAGGGAAGAUAAUCAAAAUUGAAAGACCAACUGCUGCUCGGGAUGACGAUACAGCUGAUAGAACAAACAUUCCUUCAUUAGGCAACAAUGGCGACAACGUGCUGCCUACAGAAUGGAAUGCAAAGUCUGAAUACGUUUUUGGUCUGUCAGAUUCUCUCUAUGAUAGAAAUCAAGUUACCAAAAAUAAAAACGGCGACCCUAUAGCGGAUUGUUUUGGUAUAAUUGCCAGAAAAGACUCUGCUAUCUUAGCAGUAGCAGACGGAGUCAACUGGGGAGAAAAGGCUAGCAUAGCAGCUAAAUCGGCAGUGCACGGCAGCUUGCAUUAUUUAAACAAAACUAUUUUUAACGAUUUGAAACCGUUCGAAAACUUGACGAUAAAGACGGACGAAAGUUCAAUAUCUAAUACCAGUUUAUUGGAUGAAAAAACGAAUCUUGUCAGUAAUACCAGAGAAGUAUUCGUUUGUCUGUUACGAGCCUUCAAUUGCGCCCACGAUCUCAUCUUAGAGAAUAAGGGUAUGUUGACAACUCUAACCGUAGCUGUGAUUCUGCCUUUGAGGCAGAAACUCGAACGGAGGAUCAGAUAUUCAAACGGCGAGGAGAGAAAUGAGACUGAGACUCAAUAUGUCUGUUGCGUUUGCAACGUAGGCGAUACGUUAGCGUACGUUUAUUCUGGAAAAUACGGCGUCAGGGAACUCACAAAAGGUUCUCACGACGUCAACAGUAACAGGGAUAUGAGAGACGCCCUAGGAGCUCUGGGUCCAGUAGACGGAAUAAACCCGGAGCUCAGUAACCUUACAUUAUCCAUAACGACUUUGCAAAAAGGCGAUAUCGUCAUGGUAGCCAGCGAUGGUCUUACAGACAAUUUCGACCCGAACGUUUGUAAAUUCACGGUAAACACCAAGAACGAUCAACAAUCCACAGUCAGGAAACCGAGUAUGCGACAGAGAGCAAUGCAAUCGCAAGUCCCUUUGGAAAUUAAGAUGCCCGUUACGAAACCUGUAAAGAAUAUCGAAACUCCUGCUCAGAAACCGCCUAUUAAGCCGCCUAGAAAGUCCAAAACUAGAGAUUCUUCGGGUAGAAAUUCGGCUGAAAGAAGUAGCAUAAGAAGUAGCGCGACAGAAAAGUCUUCCUCGCCCUCAGUAGAAAAUAUCUCCAUACAGGGUAAAAACAAUAACACGUCAGUAGUUGAUCAACAUUCCAGUAUCGGUAGUUCUAUGAAAUCACAAACAUCAGAACCAAGUUCUAGUGAAAUUAAUAGUAGUCCGAUAAAUAAUAGUUCUAAUGAAGUAGUAAAUAGUAGUAGUUCCAAUGUUCCAGUAGGCGAGUACGAAAAUCCGCUUGUAGCGGCAUUUAUGAGGGAGAAUUCUUUAGAAGAAUCUUCCAAAUCUGAUAAAGGUAGCAAAACGCCUCCCGUGGUGGAAAACAGAGCCAGCAGUCUGAGACGCCAGGCAGCUAAUCAGAUCAAACAAGACCCGGUGGCGGCGGAAUCUAGUCAAACUCAGAGGCCGGUUACUCCGAAAGCUGUUGCCAGCAAGACGUUGCAAACCGUUCCGGAAAAAAGCAGUAAUUCCCCUAGAAAAAUAGACGUAGGUUAUAAGUUUUUACGAUCGAAAACUACGGUAGACAUGAGAUCGUCGAAUGUGAAACAUAUCGUGAGGAAUGAGGAUGGCGUACCGUACAUAACUCCCAUCCAGAGGUACGAGUUGCAGUUGUUGCUGAUGGAGGACAUCUUAAAGAAUGGAAUUUCAGGAAAAGAUUCUCCUUGUACGUCGGCGAAAAGACUCUGCGAGAAUCUCAUCAGCUACACAUUGAGCAUUACUUCAGCGAAGCGCCAUACAUUAGAAGACCCGGAUCUCUACUUCGAUAACAAAAACGGAAUACUAGUUGAGGUCACCAACCAAGAGAAGAAAAUCAGAAGGAAAAAGGGAUUGGAACGGGUGCAAAAUCUGCCCGGUAAAUUGGAUCACGUGACCAUUGUGGCAUAUAACGUUGGUAAUUUUGCUCUUUAGUAGUAAAGCUGGUUCAAAAGGAUUUUAUUUUUAAAUCCUAUUUAUUCUUCUUAAAUUAUUUGUUAAAUUCAAGUAAAAAGUACCUUAGAACGGUUGGAAAUUAAAAAUAAAAUAACAGUGAGAUUGGUAUAUACCUAUUAUUUUUUUAAAGAAAAUUUUAAUAAACAUACUCAUAUUACUCAUUUAAAACAUUUUACUCUACAAAAUUUAUACAUUUAUACCGUAAUGCUGCCAAUCUUAACAUACUUUCUUAUUUAAUGCCUUAGUAAGAAUAUAGAAAAGAAAACAAUUUUAAAAAAUUGACAUUUGAAGUGAUGUCAAAAGUUAAUUUACGUCAAAAUAUUAAGAAAGGCUUUGACCAAAAAAUUUAAACCUUUGGUGUGUUGUCUGUUAGCAUAUCUAGCCUAACGGGCAUUUCCAUCUAUCAAUUUCUUCACGAUUAUAUCGCCUAGGGAUACAAAGUAAAAUUUCCAAGUAUUCUUCACUGGGUAAUCCCAAAAUAUAAGCUAAAUUAUCUACGCUGGCUAAAUACCCAAAGAGAUGGAAGCCACAAUAUUAAAAUAAGGCUUUGACAGUUGACUAGAAUAUUAACUAUGAAGACUAGAGGUAAGGAGGCGAAUCGGCAUGCUCAAAAUACGGUCCCAAAAAUCACAUGUCAAUUGAGCUUUUAUAAUUAACCGCAUGGGCGCUGGUACGGUUUACGUAGUUCAAAAUACAUGGCUUAUGGGAAUUAUACAUAAUUUUGUCAAAAUAAUAAAAAUAAACUUGUUUAUAGCUAAAUAAAGCACAGAACAUACUGUUGUAUUUAUUCCUAUUUAAGUAAAAUGAAAAUUAUUGAUGAUAAGUGUUGAAAUUUGAUGGGUAGGGCUAAUUAUUUUUAAAUUAAAGCUAAAUAGGGCUGAGCGCAUACUAAGACACGGUUUAAAUGAAAAUAUUUAGUUAGGGAUUUUAGAAAAUUUUAUGAACAUAAUAAAAAUCAAAUUGUUUAUUGCUAACUAAAGCACAGAAAAUACUGUUGAUUUUACUUAUUGUAAAUAAGUCUUUGUUUUAAUUGCUAACUAAAGUACAGAAAAUACUUUUGGUAUUAAUUAUAAAUGAGCCUUUAUGUUAAACAUUAUUAAAUAAAAUUAGGUAUGACCAAAUUUGAAAAGAUUUGUUAAAUGGUAAAAUUUGGUAAGUACAGUUUUGUGGUAAUUUUGUAUUCGACAACUACAAUUUCAUCAUCCUGGUGAAUAGUUUCUUCAGCAACAAAUUCAGUUCGGUUUUUGUCUUUUCCUAAUACUGGUCAAGUAUGAAGGGAGAUUCGGGAAUAUACAUGGUAUUACUUCCAUCUUUAAUCUCGGCCUUUCCCUUUUUAUUUUGUUAACAGUACCAUUAGUUAAAAUAGACUCAUCAAAUUUUAAAAUAUCUUCUAAAAAGUGUAGCUCGCAAACAGAAUCAUAACUAGACAGUACUUUAUCAGCUCUGGGAAUUACAUGCUGCCAUUGUUCUAAACGUUUAGGAUUCUAUAAAAAAUAUUUGCAAUUACCUAAUUGGAGUUCAAUAAAGAAAAAUAACAGUAGUAACUCUUCAUCUAACAUCAAAAAACAUAAAAAAAGCAAAUGUAAGUUAAAUUUAAUGUGUAAUUAUUGUUGUUUGUAAGUCAGGAUUUAUGACUUUAUUAUUUUUUAUUAUAGACUUUUGUAAUUAAAUAAACUACACGUCGUAAGAUACGGGUUGUGACUAUUUUCCAAUAAAUAUAUAUUAUUUAGAAAUAAAAACAUUAUUACUUACUUACACUAGGAGCUUUAAAAAGACUUGUAUUUUUAUCUCCUUGUGUUUUCUUUAAUUUUAUAUCGGAUUUAUAUCCCGUUUUUCAACCCGGAACGAACCAAAUCCUGCUUUGCCGUUUUUUGUUACUCAUUGUUACUUGUAGUAUUUCAGCUUAUUUUUAUUCUUUUCACUAAAUUUUACAAAAAUCACUUUAAUUCCCAUUGACUUGCAUAGAAAAUAGACGUCGUUAUUUUGCCACCCGCCAACUACAGUAGUUUUUUGGAACUCCAUAAAAAUAGGGACGGAAAUUUGAAAUUUGACCAGGGCCGAUUCGCCUCCUGAUCUCUAGUCUUCAUAAUAUUAACAUUUAAUUAUUUCAUCUUCUCCAUUAGAUUCAUUCAAAGUACGGUUGCCACCUGUCCUUUUUUCAAACAAAUUGUCCUUGGUAAUUUUUAAAGCCUAUAAUGUCCUUUUUUUAUGACACAUGUCGUUUUUUACUACACAUGCCCUUCUAAAGGACCUGGUUUUAGUAAAAGUAUAAGCCGAGGACAAAAAUAUUUUAACCGGAUCCCUUCACUGAACUAUUUAUUAAACUGGGAGAACAAAACUGAUCAACAAAAUCAAGCUACAUAGCCAGGUGAUAUUUGACACUCUGGCGCCCACACGUGCGUAUCUAAAUGCACUAAAAAGAAACAUCAUAAUUAAAUUUAACACUUAUUACAUUCAACUACGACACGUUUUAAUUUAAAAAAUCAUUUAAAGAUGAUUUUUGAUUAAUACGUUGGUGAAAUAAAUGUUCCAAUAAUUUAACAAAAAAUAAUAUAACUUAUCGUAGUACGCCCGUGGGAAACGUGACGUAGAAUGCUCGAAAUUGACAGUCUGUCGUCCAAAUUGUCAUGUGCACCGACCGUUUUUUUCACCCAUGUCGGCUUAGAAAUUAGGAGUAGGGUUUAUGUCAAUUGGCUAUCCAGUUUAAUAUCAAGGUCGGUGGAUCUCUGUCGUCACCGUUAUCCCGCUUUUCCCUUUCGUAAAUCUGGCAACUCUACCUUUUUUCACUUUUCAAAAAGGUGGCAACCCUAAUUCAAAGACGUAUAAUAUGUAGUGGCGUUUAAUUUAAAUCCUAAAUAAAUUUUGACAUAUGUUGACAUUUGACACAUAAAAUGUAACUCUUUGUUCCGUCGGUACAGUGAGAGCCAAAAACUUUGCAAUGCAUGAAAAAUUUUUAUUUCAGCUCAAACUGUAAUUAUUUGCCAGAAAAUUAAUUAAAUAAGAAAUUUUGCUAUUUCUUUUCAAAGAAUCAAAAGUGCUUUUCAAAUUAACUUUGAAAAAUGUAUGUUAUAAAUACCCAAUAAAAAAUUUAGAAUUAUUGAAAGUGCAAUAUUGGCUUUGAUCAAAUAACCGUGUACGUGCUUAUUAUUAAGAGUGAUAAAAAAUGUUUUUAAAGUAGGCCAUGACUGACAAAGGCAGAUAUGAGUCAUGACAUGACGCUCCGACAUGCGUAAUUUUUUCCAUUACCUAUUUUAAAAACAUUUUUCGUGGAUCACUCCAUAUCUUGUAAAAAUAUUUUUAUAUCAAUGAAAUAUUUUUUAUAAUAAAACUACUUGUAAGAGUGCAUCUGUUCGUUGAAUUUUAUGUUUUUAAAACAUUAUUUUUUUGUAUAUUUAAGUAAUAAAAUCGGAGGAUUUGUUCUUCGUUUUAAAACAGAAAACCCCAAAUACUUGUUAUUGCGUUUUUUUAUUUGUUACUA